UAUAGCCAAACCAACAGUUACGUUAACUGCUUCGGUUGUUGUUACAAUGUCAUGGCCAAAGGACGUACAUGGAGGCAAAGAAAGAGGAAGGUCAAAGCUGACCCCAGCCUGUUUGACUCUAAAUAUGUCCAUCUACUCAAAUGGAUGAGAGCAACUGACCAUUUCAAGCCACCGUCCUUAUCUCCUCGGGUUUUUCCCAACACUGGUCGUGGUUUAAUGACAGUAAAGCCUUUACAACCAGGGGAUGUUCUGAUAUCUGUACCGGCAGGAUUGAUCAUCACUACGACUGUUGUCCUUAACAGUGAUGUUUCAUCCUUAAUCAAAAGAUGCAACCCACCAAUCACUGCUCAGGCUGCCCUCUCUGUAUUCCUAUUGGCUGAGAGAGCAAAAAGCAGUGAUUCAGUUUGGAGCAGUUAUAUUUCAAUGUUACCAUUGGAAUUUGACACAAUCACUAACUGGGAAACUGAGGCAGUAGAUGCCUUACCACCAUAUACAUCACGCCUGGCACAGAAGAGUUUGAAGACUUUUUAUGAUGCUUAUGAAGCAAUCUCUCAGUGCUGCUGUGUACUUGGUUAUCCUUACCUUACCAGUGUUUUGACUUGCAAGAAAAAUUUCCGCUGGGCAUGGAAUGUUGUCAACACUCGAUGUGUUUACUUUGAGGUUCCGACUUCUCCUUACAUUGAAGAAUCUGGAAAGAAUUGUGCUUUGAUUCCAUAUCUAGACCUGUUGAACCAUUCACCUGAUGCAAAGGUUAUUACUCAGUUCAACAAAGUCACAAAUUGUUUUGAGAUUCUUACCUUGGACAGCUACAGAAAAUAUGACCAAGUUUUCAUCAAGUAUGGCCCACACAAUAAUUCAGAGCUGCUUGUGGAAUAUGGUUUCAUCAUUCCUGAUAAUCCCCAUAAUUUUUAUGAAUUUUCUUUCGACACCAUCAGAGACUUUUCAACCUGCCUCAGUAUUGCUUGCCUCCGGCAAAAGGAAGAAAUACUUGAGAAAUAUAACCUGAAAAAGCAAUUACACUAUCUUGGAGAUACGGGAAUUUCCUGGAACCUACAGUCUGUCUUACACAUUCUUAAUAUGUCUUGGCAAGAACUGAAUUGUUGGGAGUCCUGUUUGUCUAAGAAAGAAUGGCCACCUGAGGUUUUGGAGUUUACCAUAAAUCUCGUCAAGUUUAUUAUGGACAAACAUUCAUCAGAACUGCAACUGUUGGAACCAAGGACACAGAAGCUAAAAUAUGGAGAACAAGUGAGAAGACUCUGGCAAGAACAAGUGAACAUUCUGAACAAAAUGAUGGAGGAGUUGAAC